UUUGCAGCGUUUGCUCACGAGACUCCAUCACACUAUCAUCUGUCGUUGUUGUUCUUUGGAUUGUAUGCUGAUCGUUGGAUAUUGAGAGCCCUGUGAACAUUUCCGCAGUCUUGCUGAGUGCAUUUUGUCUUUUGUGUUCUUGUUGUUAUUGGCCAGUGGGCCUCUUCUGCCAUCUUGGAAGUUGGCUACAUCGUGCAAACCGCUUGCAGAAGCGCCGCGACGGACUCAUCUGCUGGUAAGGGCAAUGACAGUAGUUUUCUCAGCUAUUUCUACUGGUUUCCGCCGUGUCUGCGCCACAAGCAGUUUUUGUAUCUGAACCUCCAUCGAGAGAAGUCGCCGAGAUGAUGGCCGACGUAAAGGCGUUGGAACACCCGACGCUCAAAGUGCCUUACGAAAUCUUGAAUAAGAAAUUUCGGGCGGCACAAAAACAACUGGAUCGCGAGGUUUCGCAACUGCAGAGCUUGGCGUCUGAGCUGGAAGGGGAACCACGGCGCGCGGGGCAGUUGCAGACUAUUGUAGGAAACUUGCUUGAGAAGCUCGAGCAACUGCGUGCUGCUGACGGGCUCAACGAAGAACUGGAGGCCGCGGCAGCAUGCAAGCGGCGGAUAGAGCACCUCAAAGGGUUCGAGGCAGGCGAGCCAUGGAAACGCCAGCGACUUGAUCGUCUUCUCGCUGAGCAUUUGCUACGUUGGGGAUACUACGGUACAGCAGGGAAGCUGGUUGAACGUGGCGGUCUUCGCGACCUCACUAACCUCGACUUGUUCCUCGUUUCCAAAGAAGUUGAAGACUCCUUAGCGGCCCGUGACACCGCCCGCUGCCUCGCAUGGUGCCAUGAACAUCGUUCGAAACUGCGCAAACUUCGAAGCUCGCUCGAGUUCCAGCUGCGUCAGCAGGAGUUCAUCGAACUGGUGCGCAGGGGCGAACGUCUGGAGGCAGUCCGGCAUGCUCGACGUCAUCUCGCGCCCUUGGCUGCAGCGGCGGGUGAAGGUGCUCAGGGCUCUCAGCUGGCCGAUGUACAACGCGCCAUGGGUCUGUUGGCCUUUCCAACUGCCCAACGUGCACCCUACCCAGACCUCCUAGCAGACGCACGCUGGGAGCAACUAGUGCAGCAAUUCCGACAAGAACACUUGCGCCUCUACCAGCUGAGCAGUUGCUCCGUCUUUUCUGUUGCAUUGCAGGCAGGCCUUUCUGCUCUCAAGACUCCCCAGUGCUACGACGAGGCUCAACGGAACCCCGACUGCCCCGUGUGCAGCAGGGCCCUUAACGGACUCGCUCGAGGACUGCCCUAUGCCCACUGCUCACAGUCGCGUCUUGUGUGUCGCAUCUCGGGCCAUCCGCUCAACGAGCACAACCAGCCGCUGGUGCUACCGAACGGCUACGUAUAUGGCGAGCAAGCGUUGCGUUCCUCCUCCCGUCGUGGUCGAGUCACCUGUCCCCGCACGCGGGAGACGUUUGAUUUGAAGGACGCGGAAAAAGUCUACGUCAUGUAGUUGCUGCGAGCAGUUGGAACUCUCUCAUGUAUGCAAUGCAGAAUUAAAUGCGAGUCAUAUAAUGUC